GCAGAGUCUCGCGGCGGCCGGCUGCGGCGCCACCGGCCACGGGCCGAGCUCAACUCAACUCGUAUCGGCGCUCAGUGCACGCGCUGCCUCGCCACUGUCAGCCUGUGUACAUGCGACACACAAUUCUACUCCCGAUACUUCGUUCGACACUCACGUGAAAUCUAUCAAUAAACAAUACUACGCAAAAAAAAAAAUACUUGAAUGUCCGUUACAAUUUUUAUCGUGGGUUUUGUCCGACUUAUCCAUAAUUCAGAACGUGUUUUUAUAUAUAUUACUUGAAGUAACUUAGCUUCUUCAAUAGUGCAUCGCAAGUGAAGUUUAAUAUUUUUAACGGUACGGAGGGACAUCGCGAUCUGAAUUUAAAGCAGGUGUUGCGCACGAGUGGCGUGGCGCGAGGGUGUGAUGCAAGGAGCGCUGAACGGCGGGCGCCGGCGCCGCGAGUAGUUGCGACCAUGCGGGCGCCGCGCCGCUCCGCACACGCCGCCGCCUGCCUGCUAGCGCUCGCCUUCACGCUCGCCGACCCGGUAUCCGCAUCAUCCGGUGGAAUUAUUGGGGAACGUUAUUCCUGCUCUAACGAAGGCGAGCCUGUACCUCUGCAAGUUGCAAGACUCGAGCAAGACUGGAGCAGCUGCUUCCGUUGCAUCUGUAAGAACGGAUUUGUAGAGUGUCGAAGUGGCGCAGAAGAGUGUGGACAGAUGGAGGACUGUGCUGUGCAGAUGCCUCGUGAGGGUUGCUGUGCUCGCUGCAAAGGGUGCUGGUACAACGGCACUGAGCAUGCUUCUCACACCGAGUGGGGGGAUGACGGCAGAGUGCUUCGCUGCGAAGCAGGUGUUAUCACCAUCUCCAAACCAGAGUGCUAUGCGCCUUGUGAGCGACCGAAACAUCAGCGGCACACACAUUACAAUUGUCCUGUCUGUGAUGAAUGUAUAAUCAAUGGACAACGUGUAUGGGAAGGGCGCGAUGUAAGGAUUCCCGAAGAGCCGUGUCUGUCUUGUCGCUGCGUGCUGGGUGCACUGUCCUGUGCUAAGCGUGCUUGUCCCGUAUUACCCUGCCAUCACAAACAGCAGUACACACCGCCGGGAGAAUGCUGUCCGCGGUGCGCACAUCCCACCUCUGAUAAAUUACUGCCCAUUUCAGGAAACACUAUAGCUAAACCUUGCGUUAUCGGUAAAGAAUACCAUUAUCAUCUCAGCAAAUUCCGAGUGGAUCCAUGCACAGAUUGCACUUGUCUAAAUGGGACUGCGGUAUGUUCUCGACAUACUUGUCCUGUAUUAACAUGUGGAGCUAGGGCACUUCCACCACCACCAGAAAAGUGCUGUCCAGAAUGUCCUCAAGUAGAAGAGGCCAAAGCCGCAUGUGUUAUUGGCGGUGCUGUAUAUCAGGACGGUGAAACAUGGCAGUUGGAUGCGUGUAAGUCCUGUGAGUGCCAUAGCGGAGAACCCCGUUGCGCGAUGGAAAGAUGUCCUACAUUGACAUGUCGAUCGGACCAGACGGUGCAGCAUUUGCCCGGCCAUUGCUGUCCUAAAUGCGUGGAUGCAGAUGGAAUUUGUACUGUCUUUGGUGAUCCACACUACAAGACUUUCGAUGGAAAGUUUUAUAGUUUUCAAGGAUCAUGUAAGUACCAGCUGGUAUCUGACUGCGACAAUAACACAUUUUCGAUUAGAAUAUCGAACGAUGCAAGAAAUACUUUACAUUCUUCAUGGACGCGUACUGCGACACUUCGAAUAGGUUCAACGAGAAUAAAUAUGGGCAGAAAAAUGCGAAUAAAAAUGAAUGGACAAAGAUUGAGUUUACCUUAUAGAAUUGAAGGAGUUGGUGAUAUAACUCGUGCCAACGGAUCAGUGUUACUGAAAGCCAAUAUAGGUGUACAAAUGCUGUGGGACGGUGACGGUUUUUUGGAAGUGACUGUAUCUAGUAUUUACCGUGGCAAAUUGUGUGGUCUAUGUGGAAAUUUCAAUUCAGUGGCGAGGGACGACAUGCGAACUCGCGAUGGUAGACUUUUAAGCGAUACGUGGAGGUUCGGAAUGUCGUGGCGAGUGGGCGGCAAGCACGCGUGCACAAGGAAACCAGAGCGGCCGAGCAGACAGUCUCGGUGUCGCCAGUCGAAGCAGGUGAGGGCGCGUCGCCUCUGCCGGGGAUUUAAUCGGUAUAGUGCGUUUUCAGACUGCAGUGCAAAAGUGAAUCCGCACAAUUAUAGAGAAGCUUGUGAAUUGGACGCUUGUAGUUGUACGGGUACGAACUGCCACUGUGCUGCUUAUAGGGCAUAUGCUCGAGAGUGUACUCGUGUUGGUGCUGAGCCUCAUAAUUGGGCGCAGGAAGCCUGGUGUGCUGGGGAAACUGCACCAUGGUUGAACCGCGGUCGUAAGGGAUAUGGCCGUGUCGCGAAUGUGAAAGAACCGCUGCCGGAACUGAGUGCGAUACCCAAGCUGAACAGCACUCGGCCUCGACCCCCGCCUCCUAUACUACACUGAGGAUUCUUGCAACAACAUCGCUACUAGUCAAAUCUGCCAGUGUCGCAUAUAUAAGAGUAUUACAAGGAGUGGUUUAUAAGACGCAUCGGAGAAUAGUAACCAGCUUUACUUGGAAUGAAGAUCUAUCUACUACUUAACAGUAUUCAGAAGACUACUUCUAGUUAAGUAAACAAGUACAUAAUAAUGUUAAGAUCAACUUAAAGCUCAUUAAAUUAGGUACUGCCUCGCAAAUUUCAACCAGCAUUUUGUUCAAAUCAUAAUAAUGUAUAAUUAUUUAUCCAAAGAUAUUUUAUGUAGAAAUUAUAAAUUCAGCCAAUAUAAAAUACCUAUUUACUUUUUUAUAGAUUUCUGGUAUACUCUCAGUAGGCAUAUUAAGAUAUAAAUAGUAAUCAAAAAGAAAAAUCUCGACUUUAUCUUACAAUAUGAUAAUGAUAGUUAUCGAUUUCUUAAUACGGUAUCGAGUUAAAACGCUCUAGCUACUUAACUUAGCGAGUGAUUUAAUACAAAUCUCCCACGUUUGAAGGGUUACAUUUAUAAACAUCGCACAAUUACAAAACGUUAGUCCCGUAUAUAAACAUUUUGAAAUUUGUAUAGGAACUUAUUGUAAAUCAAAUUAUUUACCUUAGUCAUUAACAUAAUGUAUUCAUUUUAUUUGAUUUAUAACAUAAUAUCUGUUAAUUGACAUUCCAGCAAAAACCAUAUUCUAGUGAGCAUGACUGCUUACAAACUAAAUCUAAUAUUAGUAUUUUUGCUAAAUAAAUGUAUUCACUUAUAAACGUGGUAGUACUGUACCAAUCAAGGAUAGGUACAGAUAGCUAGUAUUUCUAGUUUAAGAGUAAGUAUAUUUGUAUUUUAAAAUAAUAGCCUCUCUGUUGGUUGUAAGUUGAGUGCCUAGCAGAAGUGUUUCAUAUUAAAUAAAUUUAAUAAUUUAUUUAUUACAUUUUUUCCAACACUGAACGUUCAAUAAAAUGUGAUAAUUAGCUUUGAAUGAUAUUUCAGGCAACGUUUAUUCGGAAACGUUCAGAGGAGCGUUUGGUAAAACAUAGUUCAAAUUGAGAUCUCAUCCGUAGGUAGUUCUUUAUGAAAACUUAGAUAAACCUAGCUAUCUGAAGCCAAGAAGCUAAUGAAUUUGAUAAACACACGGUAUGUACAUAAUACGUAAUACAUUGAACAGUAAAUUUAGUUGUAACAUUAACUAAAGACUCGUUCUUAGUUUAUAAUACGUUACCAAUGAAUUUUAAUUUUGACUUAAUUAAAUUAUGUUAAAGUAAUCUAUUACAUGCUAGUGAAUUGUAAUCCAUAUAUAGAUAUCUAAGUAUGGUCGAAAGAAACUUGAAUGGAGAAGUUAGAACUGAAUUAGAAGUUAAUGUGUAUUAUACCUACCUAAAAGGUAUUUCGGCUGAGAAUAUUUUUACUCAACCUAUUAUUUGUGUAAAAUAGUUUUAUUUAUAUAUAUAGUAAGUAUUUUAAGGUAUUGUGACGUCACCGCCCUCUGUUAAUUUAUUUAAAUGAAUAAUGAAGAGAUCCUACAAAUAUUAACACGUAUUCUAAUUAAAGUAUAAGUCUUACACUUCUCCAUUGUUUAUUUUUUUAAUUUACCUAAAAAUGUUAAGUGCUUAAAUAUAUUUAUAAAUAAGUAGUACACGUGUGGGAUCGUCGACAUUUUCCUGCACGCAUACCGCUUCUCUAUAAAUAGGCUAAGUGCCAUCGAAUAUGGCUUAUUUGACAAAAUUGUGAUAAUGUGUGUUUCUACUUUGUGAGAUUGUCUGUUGUAAGUCCUGUUUACUAAUAUAGCUGAUUAUCUUAUACCUAGAUUCUCUAAUUACCUUUAAAUUUCAGAUAUAUAUAAGUACUGUUGAUUUAAAUAUACGACAUACUUUUGUGUUCUAUAUUUAUUACCAGCAAAUAUAUUAUGUAUACCUAAGUAUUAUGUGUACACAUAAAAAUGCUAAGUAUAGUAUUCCACGCAUUAGCUUUCUGUAUAAAAGCAUUUGAGACAAUCGAUGUUUAUUAAAUUGCUCUCGUUUUAUAUCUUAUACCUAUUUAUUAAGUUUAAUUCCUGUCUAUAUUUUUAAUCUAUUUUAUACUUAUUAUUAUUAAGGAGGGUCUACGUUUUAUGUAGGCUUUAAAUUAUUUGUGACUUUCAUUUGGUAUUUAUAAGUAUUAAACUAAAUCGAAUUUUUAUUUUACAAUCAACCAAUUUUUAUUUACCAUAUAACAUAAAAAUAAUACUUUGUGAACAUUAUUAUUUUACAAUUUGUCAACUUAUGCCGUUAUGGCUGUUUAGUAUUGAUUUACAGGUAGACAUACAUCUAAUUGAACGAUCCACGAAACUUGGUAAGUAACUAUGUUUAAAAGGUAGAAAUUCAAAUGCCAUAUUAAUAAAUAAAUAAAAUAUUUAUUUAUACACAGUUCGGUAUACCUAUGUGUCAUAUAAUUGUUGAAAUUAUAUUAGUGAGUAAGAUUGUCAUAACGAUAUAUUUCGCUUUACGCGCUAAUAUUUGUAAAAUUAUUGUCGAAACGGUUUGCAAAAAUAAAUAUUGUAAGCUAUUAAACGAAAAAAAACCUAAUAAUAAAUAAUUAUUAUUAAAUUGUAUUUUCAUUUACCUACUGAAAUAAAUAAUUUUAAAUGAAAUUUGGAAUAACGUCUCAAAUAGACCUAUUACUUGUAGCUGGCUGCUCGCCAAAUUUGCUGGAUUUUAUGUCAUCAAAAUUAUCUAGGACAAUUUGGCGUCCGCUUUAAAAGCUGGGGAUUCAUUAUAUUUAUCUUGAAGAAAAAUCUUAAGAAACUAAAUAUAAUUCUGCCAUGAAUGUUAUUUUAGAGUCAUUCUUGCA